AUGUCAGAUCGCAAACUUGUCAUAUUGACAGGUGCUAAUUCUGGGCUCGGUUUCGAAGUUCUUAAACAACUAUUGAGCCAAGAAACGCCGUACCACAUAAUCUUAGCAGUCCGUAACAUUCAGCAAACUGAAACAAAGAUCAAAUCUAUUGUUUCUUCACACCACUCAGUGGAAAUUGUUAAGCUUGAUUUAUCUUCAUUAGCAUCCGUUAAAUCAUUUACUCAAAAUAUCCUAUCUCGAAAACCAUCUCUUAAUAUAAACAUUUUAAUUUUAAAUGCUGGUGUUGUAAAAGCUACACUGACUAAAACAGAAGAUGGUUUUGAACAUACAUUUCAGGUUAAUCAUCUUUCAAAUAUUAUUUUAGUUCAUGAAUUACUUCCUAGAUUAAUUGAAUCAGGUCCAGAUUCAAGAAUUAUCUUAGUUAAUAGUUCAUUACAUAAACCUGGCACCGGCUCAAAAGAACAUGGAGAAAAUCGACCAAUAUUAAAUAUCGAAAAUUUGGAUGGGUCAAAGAUGUAUUUUCCUUUGUUGUUUUAUAGGAAUUCAAAGUUGGCACAAGUGCUUUUUGGUUAUCAAUUGGAUAAAUUUUUGAGUAAGAAAGGUGAAGAGGAGAGAAAGGUUAACGUUUUGAUAGUUGAACCGGGGUUCUGUCCUACAACAGAAUUAGCAAGGGAAAGUGCAAUUUUUACCCAAUUCUUUCUUAAAUAUAUUUUAUCGUGGGCGCCAUUUACUAGGACAUCUGAACAGGGUGGGGCCGUGAUCACUUAUGCUGCCACUUCAUCAGAACUUGAAAAUAAAAGUGGACUCUAUAUUAAUCGACUUUGUCAAAUAGAUAAAUCCAGUGGUGAAAGCUAUGAAGAAGAAAAGCAAAAAUUCUGGUGGAAAGCCAGCUGUGAUUUACUUGGGAUAGAAGAGGAUUGGAGUGGUUUAAUUUUUAAUCGAAAAGAAAUUCUCGACUAA